AUUUUUUCUCUCUCUCUCUUUCUUAUUAACAUAAUUUACACCUAUGGAUUUCAACAAGAUUCUAUCAUUGCUCAAGGGACAAGAUAUAGUGACACCCAACGUAGCACCGCCAGCACCAGCACCAGCGGCGACUGCAACAUCCGUAGAAGCACCGGCACUAAGUUCGGGACUCGACUUAUCCAACAUUAGCCAGAGCGUGAUUGAUCAAGUUCGAAAUGAGUACUUGACCAAGAAAAAGUCUGAAGAUAAAUUAAAGAAUGCAACGACCAUUACACCCGAAGUGUUGGUCACGAUUGGCAAAAUGGUGCAAGAGACAGAUCUGGUGAAAGUGCUGAAAAAGUGUAAAGAAAGACAGGAUAAUAAGGAGAAGGAGCUGUAUUCUCAUCGAGAAUCCAUCAAGGCAAGAUAUAGCAAACAAAAGGAGAGUAUAUUAGCAAAACAAUUAAUUGGCGUGAAAAGUAAUAAUCCCAACGAAUUGCAGAUGGUAGAGAGAGAAAUGAAUCAAGAGUUACAUGGAUUGGAUUUACAAAUUAUCAAGGAUAUGGACAAAGAAGUGACCUAUUUGCAACAAGAGUUUGUUAAAUUAAAUGUUCCCUUAUUCAAGGUGACCAAGGAUCCUAAUGAUAUAAAAUUGCAACAGAAAGUAUUAUUUAUGCUACAGGAUAUGAUUUAAAAUAAAGGGGUGGGGGAUGGUAUGCAAAAUGUAGAAAUUUUUUAUUA